AUGAGUUUCCUAUUCCUUCACCGAUUUUCUCAGAACAAUACACCUUUGGACUGGUUGACAGAUGACUGCCAACUACACGGGUUCCAUUGGCGAGCUGGAGCCAAGCGUGACACGCUCGGUGUGUGGGUAUGGGGCGAGCCGAUCAUGAUUGAAGCAGCUUCUGGAGAGAUGUACGCCAUGGAUACUCAAGGAACUUUUGACAACACAUCUACUUAUCAACAAUGCCUCACCAUUUUUGCCCUGUCCACUAUCGUCAGUUGUGUUCAG